UUUUUUUUUCUUCUUCUUUUCUUUUGUUCUGAAAGAACUUAGAUGACAAUAUUUUCUAAAUUUACAAAAAGUAAUUCUAAUGAAAAAAAUAUACAUCCUUGGUCACAACGCAAAUUGAAUGGAAGUAAUAAUGCUUUGCCAAGAAUUGGACAUGGAGCAACAGCACUUGAUAACAACCACUUUUUAGUUUAUGGUGGAACUCACAAAGGAGGAAAUAUAAAGAAAAAUUUAUUUAUUAUAGAUACAAAUACUAUGACAGCUAACUCUGUAACAACGAUGGGUGACAUACCUGCUGCAAGAAGUUUUGCUUCCAUCAUUUCAAUAGGUUCAUUUGUAUUACUUUAUGGAGGUCAACCAAAUGUUCCAAAUGAUGUUUGGGAUCCCUAUUUUUAUGUUUUACAUACAAAUACUCGUCAGUGGUCAAGAGUGAGGACAAAAGGAAAGUUACCAAGUGAAAGAGCAGGCCAUUCAACUUGUGUUUCUGAGGAUGGUAUUAUGUAUGUUUUUGGAGGUCAUUUUCAAAGAAAGUAUUUAAACGAUUUAUAUGCGUUUAAUGUAAAAGAAUAUCCUUCAAAGGCUGAAUGGGAUCUUAUUAUGUAUAAAAAUCAGGGACCUUCUCCAAGGUCUGGCCAUAUCUCUGUUAUUUACGAAAAGAAACUAUACGUUUUUGGUGGUAUCAAUGCAAAUCAUUUAUAUAAUGAUAUAUGGUCUUUUGAUCUUAUUACCUAUACUUGGCAACAAAUUCCCGCUGUAGGCUACAUACCCGCACCAAGAGAAAGCUGUGCAGCUGCCUUAGUAGAUGAUACAAUUUAUAUAUUUGGAGGGAAAGGAUCGAACGGAAAUAGUCUUGGUGAUUUAUACGCAUUUCGUAUAAAAAGCCAAAGGUGGUAUAUGUUUCAAGGUAUGGGUUCACCUCCUUCUCCUCGAUAUGGGCUUUCAUUAACGGUUAUUCAAAAUAAAAUAUAUGUGUUUGGAGGUGAUUCUAUCAAUGGGAAAUCAGAUGAUAGUAAUUAUGUAUAUAUUCUAGAUUGCUCUAAAAUAAAAUACCCACUAGAGGAAGAAGUAGUUAAUAUUAAGAUGAACUCCCCGGUAGAAGAUACACCAUUAAAACAACCAAAUUCAAGAAUUGAUUCCAUAUUGAGUCCUAAGCAUCGAAUAUCUCCAGCUGAUGAAAAAUUAAACUCACCAACAACCGCAUAUUCAAUAGAAAGCAACUCUAGUCAUCCUAGUAAACAAAGUCAUGAAUCAUCAUUAGCUUCUUUGCCUUCUGUACCUCCUCGACCUUCUCGUGAGGGAGUCAUGUUGGAUAAUGAUGUACUUUGUCAGAAGAAACAGUUAUUAAAUGCAAAUAUGAAAAGAGAGUCAUCCCUUUUACCUCCUUUACGUACAGGUUUACAAAAGCAUCGACCUUUAACAUCACCCAUAAAUAGACCCAUGAGUGUGGAUGAAAGAAAGACAUUCAUGAAAGAAAUUGUUACACGAGAUACAAUUAUUAACGAAAUGAAGAAAAAGGAACAAUGGUGGCGUACUGAAGUCUCAAUUGCUAGACAGAUGCGACAGCAACAACAACAACAACGAAUGAAUCAUGAUGAAGAGCCCUCACUCAUACAGUUCCUUGAUGAAAAUAAUCAAUUGGACAGUGAAAAGCUCCUUUUAUUUGAACAACUUGUCUCUGUUAAAACUGAAUUAAAGAAAAUCAAGACUCAUCUUCAUAAACAAUCAGAACCGAUGAUGAAAAAGAUAGAACAAGCAGAGAAUGUGCGAACGGCUGCCUUGGAAGAAGCGGCCUAUUACAAGGCAAAAUACAUGGCUCUUAAAUCACAUGAUAAAGAUGCAUUUGAUUUACUCGAGUUAGAUCGAACUAGCGUAUUAGAAAAGAGGUUAACAGAGGCCUAUGAGGUAAAGGAAGACAUGCAACGCGAAUUACAAAAGAUACGUUCGCAAUCAGAGUAUGAUAAAGAGGCAAGAAUGUUGGCAGAGGAAAGAGCGAAAGAUGCUCAACAACAAUCUGAAAAGGCGCAGGAAGCACAUCAGAAAACGUUAGAGCAAUUAACAGAACUUUACCAAAAAAUGAAUCAAUUAGAGGCACAAAGUAGAGAGGAUGCAGCCAAGAUAGCUGACUUGUCAAAUCAACUUGCAAAUCAACUUGCUUUAUCACCAAAUGAAGAUCAACGUAUUAAAAUAGCACGUUUAGAAGCUGAAAAUAUCAAGUCUAGAAAUGAAAUCGCUAUGCUGUUAAAGAAACUAGAAGACUAUAAAGAUGAAGAAAUGAAUUUAAAAAUGUUAUUAAAUGAUAAGGACCAGGUUUAUUCAGAGGCUAUGCUUGAAUAUGAAAAGACCUGUAUUGAAUUAGAGUUACUAAGAAACUUAUCUAUUAAGCGUCAUCAUCAAAAUAACUUGAUGGAUGUAACAACAGUUGUAUAAAAUAUAUAUAUACAUAUAUAUAA